AGCGUGUUUUGACAGUGGACGCAUGGUACAGUCAUAACGUCCACAGUUAAGACGACAUAGGACCAUCACGUCUUCACGCAGUCAAGAUGUCAUUGGAUCAUCAUGUCUUAAAGUGAUAUAUGGCCAUUCCCAGCGUGUAAUUAGCCAUGUCCAGUUUUAAGUGUGUGGUUCUGGGAGACGCGGAGGUGGGGAAGACUACCAUGCUGACUGCCUACUCUCUGGGGCAGGAGAGCAAGUUGAAGGUAUCUGAAAACAACUUCCAAGUAACGGUUACUGUGAAAGACAAGCCAUACACCUUGUCCCUUCUAGACACUACCGGGGACGUCGACUUCAAGACAAGGAAACGUCCCAACUACGCCGACGUUGACGCCUUUCUACUCCUUUUCUCGGUUGUGUCUCCUGCGUCCUUCGUGAAUAUCCGAGAAAAGUGGCUUCCUGAUAUACUCAUUCAUGCACGAAACACGCCAUUCUUCAUAGUAGGGACGAAUAUUGACCUCCGGGACAACACCGACACGCUUAACAAACUUACUGAACAGGGCGAGAAACCAGUCACAGAGACAGAAGGGAGACAACUCGCACAGCGCCUGAGAGCUAGCAAGUAUUUAGAGUGCUCUUCCCUUACACUGAAAGGCCUUGACAAGGUUUUUGAAGAGGUCAUCCUCGCAUUAAAAUCUCCACCACCAGCAGCCAGCCGGAAUUGUGUCGUUGUGUGAAGAUAGGAUAUCAUGAACUACACUUUAAGUAUUAUGAACGCAGUCCUUAACUACUGUGCUGAUGUUUUUUGAAAUAUACGAAAACAUUGGGGGAACGUUGAUGAUGGUGUCAAAAUCGUGACCCAUAAAUUGCUAUAUAUUGAAGUUAGAAUAGUGACAUGUGUCUGUGUCGUGCAUUGGUCUCAGCUGAGAUUGCACGUGUGUAUGUAAAAGUGUUAGCGUUUUUAUUGUCAUUUAACAGGAGGUGCUGAAGACUUUCUUAAGAAUCCAGUUAGAUUAAUAUUCUUAUCCGUUUGUAUUUAAAGUGCUCAUUUUUCUCAAACCGGAAAUGAUGUCAUUACACC